CCAGAGACGGUGGAAGCAAGUCGCCAGUGAGACGAAGCAGAGCACCCCAAGCAUAUUAAUAGCAGCAAACAAGGAAUCAGCGGCGGGAGUGAGCUCUUCAUCGUUGUGAGAGCUAAUAAUGUGAAUAUAGUUCUAUGUAUACUCGAUCUAGGAAGAAGAAAGGGAGAAGAUCGAUGGUGAUGAUCAUGGUGAUCUUGUCUCCCAAUUUAUAUAGCAGAGAAGAAGGGAGCCAUCGCACUCCUGGAAGAAUUGGAGUCCAGCUGUCGCCUCGUCUUCCCCCACAGGCUCAGCCAGAAGCAGAGCCAUUGGCUCCUCUAGCUAGAUCGAAGAUGGCGUCGGAGGAAUCGGCUUGGUAUCUUUUUCCGGUUCGGAGGAGUCCUCUCUGGAUUGGCUUCUAACUCGGAGAACAGAGGUGGGUGAUGCAAGGUUGUUGUUGUGCGACUCGUCGCCGGAAUCGUACCCGGAGGUCAAGGUGGAAUCUCGUCGACGAUCGUGCCGUCGGGCAUGUACUCGAGCUUCAAAUUGUACACAACUUUGCCCUCCUCUGUCGUAAUUUCCAAUCCCCUGUAUCCAAUUAUAUAAGGAGAGCUGAUUGAGGACAGAAUCCUUUAUUCUCGUUGUAGGAACUCCGAUUGGGAGAUCCCUGCUGAUUUGACCGCAAACCAUUCACCGUAACAGUGGUCGGUUGCUGGAUAGAUGGUGGCGGUGGUGUUGUGGCCGAGUUCAUGACCUCUACCCCAGCUCAUCUCUUUUGGGUUUGCAGAGAAAAGAAGGAAACGGAAAAUAAAAAUAAAUAUAUUUAAUUUAA